AUGGGGCUUCAAACUUUGAUUUAUAAAAUGCAGUCGAAGACGACGACACCCAGAGCCCUUUUGACCGUCGUCUCGGAGGGGGCGAAUUGCAGGCAUUGUCGUGAGAAGAUCAGCGUCAUCGGGGCCGGAUCCGUCGGAACGGCAAUAGCGUUCACUCUUCUGGCGCAGAAAAUAUGCUCGGACUUGGUACUGAUAGACAAGAACGAGGAGCUGGCCAGAGGUGAGAUGCUCGAUAUCCAGCACGCCACUAUGUACUUGGACAGUCCGCAGAUAUCAUCGAGUACCG